AUGCUGCUCUCUCAAGCUUUUCUUUGCACAGUCAGUGUCAUGGCCUCGGUCGUGAUUGGUUAUAAACUAGACUUUUAUGACUUUGACGGGUCCCCCGGCACUGGGUGCGAGAGUGAUCAACUCGUCCGGCGGGGUACAUGGAGUGGCGAUGCAAGCGCAGAGUGUACACCUUUUAAAUCGGAUGGAGUGAAGUACGUCCGCAUCACAAAGAACGACAAGACCGAUGAUGAGCACCAAGUCCUCUUCUCCAACUCCGAUGACUGCAGCGAGACCAAUGCCUUGCGUUUCCAGGAAGGCUGCUUCGAUAUCUCCGAAAUCUUCCCAGAUGUCAAAUCGUACCGAAUUAUUCCCCUCAACAACCAUACAAGCUUAGAAAAGGCAGUCGAUUCCUGGUGGGCUUCUAAUAGUGACUCAUGGUCACCCAUCUAUAUAGGGAUGACCACGGCCGCAGGCGUAACCGCAGUCAACGCGAUACGAUCGAGCCAUGGCGAACAAAUCGCAACUGCGUUUGCAGCCAUAGGCAGGCCACUGUGGGCAUUUGUUAGCUCGCGCUUCAUCUCGUCGAUUCUGAUUGCACAGGUGUUUGCUAUAGGAGCGGUGUACUUGAAGCAACACUGGCUUCUUGGGAAUGAGACCGGAGGAUCUUGUGAGAAAUCCGAGUCGAAGCUGGAUGUCUUGACUCAAAUCAUUACGAAAGUUGUCCCUGCGGAUGAUAUCGAAUCUAUCAAGGCGGUGGUUAAGUUCAAAGAUGGACGCACUAUGACUAUCAGUCACCCGGCAGUCGAUGAGAAGGCGAAAUAG